GUCUCUUCCACGCACACACACUUGUCAGACUAACACACACACACACACACACACACACACACACACACACUUCCACACGCUCCUCCUGGGAUAUGAACACCUUCAUCCUCACCUGUCUCCUCUGCCUCGUACUUUACAGUGUUCUCGGCGCUCAGGCAUCCGAGGCCUCGUCCACCGGAGAGCCAGGCAGCGUGUCCGGGUUUUCGGCUUCCGGGGAAGACCUCCAGGGCUUGAAGGGUAACGCCGAUGACGACGACGUUGACCAAAAUGAACAAGCAAGUGAGUUUCUCCGAGAUGACAGAAAGAAAAGAAAAGGCAAAGGCAAGAAGAAGAACAAGCAGAAGAGCAGGAGCACCACUGCCUCCAAGGCCGAGCACACCUUCUCCAAACGAGGCCUCACGUCCACGCUGGAGACCACCAAGGACCCCUGCACCUCCACCCACCUGGGCUUCUGCAUCCAUGGCUACUGCCAGCACAUGGAAGGCCUGCAGGAGCCUGUGUGCAUCUGCAUCAAAGGUUACGACGGGGAGCGCUGCGGGAUCCAAACUCUGGAGACCAUCAAAACCAGGCCGGAGCGCGGCAGCAGCGACGGCGUGGAGUGGGCCCAGAUGGCUUUGGUGAUCACCGCCCUGGUCCUGUCCAUCAUCAGCUGUGGUGCCGUGCUGCUCAUGGCCUGCACACAUUACAGGUCCAAAAGCAUCUUGGCGUCUUACCUUGGUAGCUGCUCUGAGCAGCAGAAGCUGCAGAAGCCUGCCAGUGAUGUUGUGGUCUGAUACAGUAGAUGCACAUGGGAUAUUAACAAUGCACGCAGGCGGCCUCGUCUCCUUCGGGCGACCAGAAGUUGAAGAUCGAAUAAUUGCUUCGUUAGAUGCAGCAUAAAAUGUCCACAAUGUGUUAGCCUUUAAUUUAUUUAGUGUGAUUAUUUAUCUCUGUGUUUGUAUUAUCACUAUUAUUAUGUUCAUUAUUAUUAUUAUUCUUAAUAUUGUCUGUAUGUGGGGAUGCUGAGCAUUCAUUUCACUGACAGCUUUGGUUUUAUUUAUUGCACUGCUUUUUGUCAUUAUUAUAUUAUUGUUUAGGUCAGACAAAUUGUUGU